ACGAAUCCAAACUAAGCUCAGAUUCUAUCUUCCAAUGUCGUCGUCGUCUUCUUCUUCUUCUUCUUCCGAAGCAAAAUGGCUGUUCGAUGUCUUCCUCAGCUUCAGAGGCGAGGUCCGCCGCGGCUUCCUCGCUGACCUCCACAGGUGUCUGCUUCAUCGAGGCAUCAACGCCUACAUCGACAGCGAGGACUUGAGGCCCGGGGACCAGAUCUCGCCGGCGCUGACGAAGGCCAUCGAGGAGUCGCGGAUCGCCGUGCUCGUCUUCUCCGAGAACUACGCUUCGUCUCGGUGGUGCUUGGACGAGCUGGUGAAGGUAAUGGAGUGUAAGAGGCUCAAGGGGCAGCUGGUGUUGCCCGUGUUCUACGGAGUGGAGCCGAGGGAGGUUCGAGGGCAGAGAGAGAGUUAUGGCAAGGCAUUGGCCAGGCACGAGGAGAAACUGGGAAAGGGUUCUGAGACGGUGGAGAAAUGGAGGCAAGCCCUAAUCGAAGCGGCCAAUUUGUCCGGUUGGCAUUAUGACCAUGGGGAUAUUACCAAGUUCAUCGAGAGCAUCGUCAAAAAGAUCUCGACUAUAGUAGCACGAGUACCCUUGAGUGUUGCCAAGUAUCCCGUCGGUCUAGGUUGCCGGGUAGAAAAAGUAAUGUCGUUGUUGAGUAUAGGCUUAGAUGAUGUUCGGAUGAUAGGAAUAUGGGGAACUGGAGGUGUAGGGAAGACCACUAUCGCUAAAGAUGUCUAUAACAGUAUUGCCAGUCAGUUUGAUGGGUGCAGCAGCUUUCUUGCAAAUGUUAGAGAAACUUCCAGUAAACCUGAGGGCCUAGUUCAUUUGCAGAAAACGCUGCUAUCCCAGAUAUUAUGGAAAGAAAAUUUAGAGGUCUUAAGUGUGGAUGGAGGCGCUAAUUUGAUACGAGAUAGACUUUGCUGCAGGAAGAUUUUACUUGUGCUUGAUGAUGUGGAUCGUGGGGACCAGUUAAAUGCAUUAGCUAGAGAAUGUGCAUGGUUUGGAAAAGGGAGUAGGAUCAUCAUUACGACAAGAGAUAAACAUGUACUAACUUCUCAUGGGAUUGAUCAGGUAUAUAAAGUUGAACCAUUAGAUCGAGGUGAAGCAUUUGAACUUCUCAGUUCAUAUGCUUUUCCAAGAAACCAGACGAAAGACAUAAGCAGGGAUCUCAUAGAUAACAUUUUGGGCUACGCUAAUGGCCUUCCCUUGGCGAUUGUGGUCGUGGGUGCCUUUUUACAUGGUAGAAGUAGAGGGGAAUGGGAGAGUACAUUGGAAACACUUACUGAAAGUCCUAAUAAAGAUAUAAAUCAUGUCCUCAAGAUAAGUUUUGAUGCACUGGACAACAAUCAAAAGGACAUUUUUCUUGACAUUGCUUGCUUCUUUAAGGGGAGAGAAAGGGAUUAUGUAACUAGAGUUCUUGAUGGUUGUGGUUUAAAGACUUUAAUUGGGAUGCAGACUCUAAUAGAGAGAUCCUUAGUAACAAUUAGCGAUGGGGGAACAGUACAAAUGCAUGACUUGAUUGAGCAGAUGGGUCAGGAUAUCGUUAAAAAUGAGUGUCUAGAUGACCCCGGGAGACGGAGUAGAUUAUGGUGCUAUGAUGAUGUUUUUGAAGUAUUGUCGAAGGAUACGGGAACCAAUGCUGUUAAAGGCAUAGUGCUGGACUUACCAACACAAAAAAAGCUAGACAUCAGUCGCGGUGCUUUCACACGGAUGAGGAGACUGAAAUUGCUCAUACUUUCGAAUGCACGAAUCAGCGGAGGUCCUGUAUGUCUUCCUGAUGAUUUAAGGUGGCUUGAAUGGCAUAGAUGUCAUUCAGCCACUUUGGAGUUUAGUGCUGGUCCAAAAAAACUUGUUUGCUUUGAUGUGAGUGGCAGCCAGAUUAAGAAAUUGAGAGGAUACUUAAAGAUGUUAUCAACAAGUUGAAGUUGCCAACUCUUACAAAAUUUACCAAUUUUUAUUUGAGUCCAUUUACCAAUGUUUAUU